UUUACGGCGCGGGAUGGCACCAGUUCAAAAUGCUGCUGUCCAGUCCGCAUUGUCUAAACAAACGGUAGCAAAAACACGAGCAUAUUGAAUUUAUGAGGCAAUAAAUGAGAACCUCCUCCCACCUCCACAUGAAGGAGACAUUGCACACCCUCACAAGGAGAGCUCUUGUGUGUACAUCUUUCCCUGGUCACCUCAUUAGGUGCAGCCCGUCACCUGUGAAUAUGACAUGAGUUGUCAUGGCAACGUGCCGACCAACACGCCGGCGGGGACAGACCUGGCUGCUGUCCUAAGACUGUUCCCGGAGAAGUUGGAGUGGCAGUCGAGCGAGCAGAGAGAUGUGACGUGGGCCACCGUCGUCGGCACGCUGGGUCCAGGAGCCAAGGCCCUGCCGCCGUCGACGCCACGGAGGUCUCCGGCUGAGGAGGCGGUGGCGCUCGGCGGCCGCUUCUGGAAGUCGGAAGAUGUCUGCAAGAGGCUGGCGACUUAUCAGAUUGAAGCGCUGAAGGAGGAGCCGUCUGAGCAGGAGAACACACUCAAAGCUGGCGGCCCGAUGUCUUUGUGGAGCGACUCGGAGAAGGACGUGGCCAAACCUGGGGCCGCGCACCGGAUUCCGCUGCCGCCUCUAGAACUUUCUGGAAGAGAGACCCCGGUUGGUGUGGACUCCAUCCCACUCGAAUGGACUCCAUCACGCUCGAGUGGACUCCAUCCCGCUCCAUCGCACACGGUGGAUGUGGGAGGGUCCUUGACAUACGAGGAUGCCGAAGAUGUGGCCUCCAUCAGUGCCCUGUCAGUGACGUCCAUGAGUGGUCCCACCUCACCAUGGAGGACAGCGCUUAGCCGAAAAGUCUGCAGUACUGGUUUCCAUCGGCAAGGCUACGUAAAGCUGAUGUCCGAGUGCAGCGGAAGCAUCCACGAUGUCAAAAGAGUUAAGUCGAUCUGCGACGGCGAGCAGGAAGCGGAAGGCCUGACCAGCGGCACAGCAGACAACCGCACAGGGACAACGGGUGUGAUUGAGCGCUGGGAGGUGUCGCAGGCCCAGGGCAUCCAAUGCAAGAACUCGUGGCAGUGGCUUAGUGCCGACCUGCGUGACGUCACUUCCUGGCUGGACAGAAAGCUACCCGAGCUGGAGGCGCUGCAGAAGAUCCCGCCCUCCACCGGCCUCAAAGCGUUUGAGGACAACGUCAGGGCGCUCAAGGAGAUGCAGAAGGCGUUUGGCGUCCGCAAACGCGCCCUGAUCUCACUCAACCUGGCCAUUGGUCAUCUGAGGGAGCUGAAGGCGGAGCUGGGCUCAGCCAAUCGCAGCUGGAUGCGAGCCUGCGGCGCGCUAGAGCACUGGGAGGCGGGGCUUCGCGCCGCGCUCAUGCAGUGUCAGGAGUUCCACUGCUUGCUGCAUUCCUUGCUUUUGUGGCUGACUCAGGUGGAGCAAAAACUCGGUGCGGUGAGCCAGCGACAGCCGCCGCUCUCCUACGCCGCCCUGCUGGAGCAGUGCCACACACUGGAGGCUGUGUGGGAGCAAUUGUGGGAGCGUCAAGCGGCUGCCUCUUCUCUGCACGACGCGGGCACACAGCUGCUUCUGCGGGCGGGCCCCAGUGACGUGCGGGGAGGCACGGCCUCCUCUGACCGCAUGUCCCUGGCGGGCCCCGACAACGAGGACUGCGUAGAGGAGAAAGUUCACACCGUGGGCAACGAGGUGAAACUGCUCCUCAGGCACGUCCGCAAACGCCUCGACCGAGACCUGCGCGCCCUUGGACGGCACAAGGAAGGGGAGGAGCCAAAUGACGAUGGACAGGCACCCAUGCAUACAAGGGAGCGAGCCGGGGGGAGCGGUGGGAGCAAUAAGAGCAGCGGGCACCUCCCCGUCCACCGGCCCCUGUUGCAGCGCGCCCUGUUGGUGGUCCUGCCGCUGGCCUUGGCGUCCUUGGUGGCGCCGUCUCACGAGUGGCCGUCGUUCUACCAACUUUGCACUCUCCUUCAACCCCUUGCUGCGCGACAGCAACGGACACCCGCCCACGUGACCGAGCCCGUCCCAUCCGCCUGACUUCUCCCAAUGCUUUUAUUGUUUCAUUCCCUGUUUCAAAGUAUCCGAAUGCACUCGCGCUUUGUGCGAUUCCGUUCCUGUGUGUGUGUGUGUAUACAUAAGUGUGUGUAUAAGUGUGUGUGCGGUUUGAAGGGUUGCAUGGAACACACGGAUGUAAACAAUCCCUCAGCAUCGUUGCCACAGAGACAAGAAUGACAAGGUGUACAAAGUUUCCACAUGUUGACUUUUAUUGAUGGGAUCCCGUACGGCAACGUGAUGAAUAAACAUUUCAAUGCUG